UGCCGUGGCUAGGUUAGCUGCUAACUAGCUCGGAGGCUAACUAACGGCUGAUGGCAGGCAGUUGGCCAGCUAACGCUUCAAAGUAUGAAAACAUUUGAGCGUCAUCUGCUUUCUGCCGACGCUUCUCGACGUUUGUGUGUCUCGGUGUGGUUUGCUAAGAGCCUCGUAGACACCCCUCUGCACAUGAACCGUGCUAGCUGUUGGUAAACACCUUUUUUUAUAUUAAUCGGCGUUAGCAGCAGCUAAGCAUCAUGCAGCUAGGUGCUGCAGCCAUAGCGAUGAUCAGCGAGGCGUUUUACUUCAUAGACAGUCUGUCUGUGUGUGUGACGAAGACUUUUAAAUACUCAGCUGUCAGGACAGUUUUCUCAGCGUCUGUUCAGGAAGCUGCCACCUCGAGUGUGUGUCCCUCUGAAGAACAUUGUCAGCGAGGAGUUCCUGAGAGCAGGACAUAUCUUUUUAGGUUUCACCAAAUGUGGCCGAUACGUUCUGUCCUACACCGGCGACUUAGGAGAGGAUGAUGAUUUCUCUUUCUACACCUACCAUCUCUACUGGUGGGAGUUCAACAUGCACAGUCGACUCAAACAGGUCCAUCAUGUACGUCUGUUUGCAGGGGAGGAAAUCUACAGCGACCUGUACCUGACUGUGUGCGAGUGGCCAAAUGACCACUCAAAAAUUGUCAUCUUUGGCUUCAACACACGCAGCUCCAGCUCUGUCCUGAUGAACUUAAUGAUGAGUGAUGAAAACAACAGAGACAUCUACAUCACCAUCGCCUCCAUGCCUCCUCCUAAACCUUGCUCUCAAUGCUGCCCCGUUCCCUCAGCCACUACCAUUCGCACAGGAAGCGGCGAGUGUUUGGAACAUGGCUAUGUGCUCAACAGCAGGUACCAGGUGGUGUACCCGUUCCCCACUUUCCAGCCAGCUUUCCAGCUGAAGAAGGACCAGGUCAUUCUGUUAAACACUAGCUACUCUCUGGUGGCUUGCGGCAUCUCACUCUGCCCAGGUAAGGAGGGUCAGUCAUCGCAGAUCCUUUACACCAAGCGAGCAGCUCUGUCAAGUCAAGCCUCCGCUGCUUUUUCUUCCACCACCCUGGCCUCCUCACCUUCGUUACCUCAGGGAUCUCCCGAAAGCCGACUGCCACCAAGCAGACCCGCUCCAGUUCCCUCAUCUCCUAGCCAGUCACAAGCAGCCGUGCGAGCCCGGGAGUUUGCAGCUGACCUCUUCAGACGGGCUCAAGGAGGAGCAGGAGGAGGUGGAGCAGGAGCAGCAGGAGCAGGAGGAGGAAGAGGGAAAGAAAACGAAGGCCAGACAGAAAAGAGAACAGCUGAUGGUAGUGAAAAAGAGUCGGCACAGAUACCCGGAGACAAAGGGAUAAAUGUAGAGAAGAGGAGAGACGAGGAGGAGUUCAGAGAGAGGAGGGAGGAGGAGAGACGGACUAGUUUACCACAACCAUCAACAUCGGGUGGGAGCCACAGUUUGCCACAGUCUUCUGAACAAGUGAUGUCUCCUGCCUCCUCAUCCUCAUCACCGUCAUCCCCUCUGACCCCGUCCUCGUCCUCGUCCCAGGAGGCUGGCCCCAGUGAGCCUGGCUACGUCAACUAUUCACGCCUGCACUACCGCCUCCAACAGCCAGGGGCUGCAGAGCAGAAUACAGAAGGUUAUGAAGACGAUAAAGUUCAGCUACCAUUCACAGUCACCGACCUUAAAGGACGAAACCUGCAGCAGGUCACCGGGCAACACAACAGGCAGAGUGUGUGUGUGGAGCAGUUGACUCUAGACUUUGAGUAUCUCAUCAAUGAGGUGAUCAGGAGCGAUGCUGCCUGGGCCCCUCAGUUCUGCUCCUUCAGCGACUAUGAUGUUGUCAUAUUAGAGGUGUGUCCUGAAACCAACACUGUGCUGAUCAACAUUGGUCUGCUGUUACUGGCCUUCUCCAACUCAGAUGAGGAGCACUGCAGACCGAACACGUAUCAUUCCAACCUGCAGGUCAGCUGGGACCUAAACACAGGCGUGUGCUGCACUGUGGGUGUUGGUGACCUCACCGAGGUCAAGGGUCAAACCAGUGGGAGUGUGUGGAGUUCUUACAGGAAGUCUUGUGUGAACACCGUGAUGAAGUGGUUGGUUCCUGAGAGCAGCUCCCGCUACAUUAAUCGCAUGACCAACGAAGCUCUACACAAAGGCUCGUCCCUUCAAGUGUUGGCAGAUAGUGACCGAUGUACCUGGAUUGUACUAUGAAGAAAGAAGAGGGCCACAAGUGUCAAAGCAACACAAAAACAAAAGCACACACACACACACACACACGCGUUGACACAGCCAUGUGGUCAGUAUGGAGCUCUACCUUAAUCUCGGCAAAACUGCACAUGUUCAGCAACUGUGCUUUGGUAACAAGUAGUUAAAACACGUGUCAAAUUGAAACUGAACAAAGAUUAAGUUUUUUUUUUUUUAGGUGGUCUGUGUUUAAUUUUACAGAUUUCAUAUUUUUGUGUAAUUGUGUACUGUAUCAUCGCAACCACCAAAAACCAAGAGCUGGACGAAGAUUUAGUUUUUACGUUUUGUUUUUAUACAUAAAGGCGUACUGUUGUAGUGCGAGUGUGUGUGUGUGUGUGUGUGUAACUGAACGUAUGCAAUAUCUGCACCUGUGUGAUGUUCACGAGGGGAUUUCAACUAGAGAAUAAGUGUGUGAGAGUGUGCGCAUGUGUAAAGUGUAUGUAACUGACAGAUUCUGCUGCUUCUGAACAAGUUGUUUUCUCGCCUGGACCAGUUCAGUCUAGCUGUGUUGAUUCAUAAGACUGCAGUAUUUAAAAUUGAACCCAGCAUCACAUGACUCUUUACAUCUUUCCUUUUUUUUUUUUUUUUUUUUAACCUUUUGUCAUGGAAGUAGAGGGUUGUUGGAGUGAGCUGCCCAGCUAGUUGACAUCACUCUGUAUGUUUACUGGCAUGUAAGUAAGGCUUAUGUUAUAUUGGGAUAUUUUGUUAAAAUAAAAUGUUCAAACAUU